AAGCUCCACACCAGCACAUUGUCCAGACCUGUACAUUACUACGCGCGCGCCAGAUCCCCUUCUAGAUCCCAAGACAACGGCACAUCAUGCCCAAGUUCUUCUGCGACUAUUGCGAUGUCUACCUCACACACGACUCGAUGAGCGUGCGGAAAGCGCACAACAACGGCCGCAACCACCUCCGCAAUGUGCAAGCCUACUACGAGCAAAUAUCGAGCGACCAGACACAACAAGUCAUCAACAGCAUAACAGACGCAUACAAUACCGAAGGGCAGGCCAACCCGCUGUUCCAGGCGAAUCUUAGCGGAGGCUUUCCCGGGGGGCCGAUGGCAAUGCAGGGAAUGGGCCCGCCGAUGGGUAUGCCUAUGCCUGGAGGGAUGCCAGGAUUUCCGCCGCCAGGGAUGCCGGGAAUGCCAGGAAUGCCACCUCCAUUCAUGGGUCGAGGAGGUCCUGGUCCAAACAUGCCAUCGAACAUGCCGCCCUUCCCCCCGCCAAAUAUGCCUCUAGGCCCUGGCGGUAUGCCCCCAAAUAUGCCACCUUUCCCACCACCAAACAUGGGCGGAGGUCCACCAGUAGGGAUGCCGCCGUUCCCCUUCCCACCACCAGGUGGAGCUGGCUCGCCACCGGGCGGUAUGCCGUUUCCUCUGCCAGGCGGUAUGCCCGUUAUGCCGCCUGGAGGACCGCCAGGCAGAUAUCCUCCUGGACCGCCAGGACGCUAGGAACGUCCUGAUGCGCACAAGGGAUGCACGAGCAACUUCAUGAAUGGGACUUCAGGGUCGCGGCGGAAUAGAGAUGACGAUAUACCCGAGGCGUUUUUGCGAGGUGGAGAAGGGCGGCAAUGGACUAGUGCGGCGACGGGUGCCAACGCCAUAGUACCAAAGAGGGCCCAGAGGGGGCAGCCAUAAGACGGAGGGAUCGAUACACGACGAUACAGACCAUAUAUCGACCAUGAAGCAUGGGAUUGGUUAUUCACUAC